CCUCUGUGUUUUACAUCUUUGUGUCUUUUGAGUGGACAAUGCUGCAGAGGAGGACUGUUCCCUGGCUCUGUGCUCUCCUGCUGGGGAUAAUGGGGCUUCCAGCGUCGGGCUCUGACUUUCAGCAUCACCGAUAUGAGGACAUGGUCCGAGUCCUUUUUGCAGUGCAGAGCGAAUGCUCCUACAUCACUCGCAUUUAUAGCAUCGGGCGCAGUGUGGAGGGCCGCCACCUCUAUGUGCUGGAGUUCAGUGACAACCCAGGGAUCCAUGAAGCCUUGGAGCCAGAGUUCAAGUAUGUGGGCAACAUGCAUGGCAACGAGGUGCUCGGCCGCGAACUUCUCAUCAAACUUUCAAAGUUUCUAUGCGAAGAGUACAGGGCCGGAAACCAGCGGAUCACAAGGCUGAUCCAUGACACACGCAUCCACAUCCUGCCCUCCAUGAACCCUGACGGCUAUGAAGUGGCAGCCAGACAGGGUCCUGAACUGAAUGGAUAUCUGGUGGGUCGAGGGAAUGCCAGAGAUAUUGAUCUGAAUCGAAACUUUCCAGACCUGAAUGCACUAAUGUACUACUAUGAGAAAACAAAUGGAAGAAACCACCACCUUCCGCUGCCAGACAACUGGGAACAUCAGGUCGAACCCGAGACUCUGGCCGUUAUAAAAUGGAUGCAAAACUACAACUUCAUCUUAUCGGCCAAUCUCCACGGAGGAGCAGUGGUUGCCAAUUAUCCCUUCGACAGGUCGAGAGACCCCCGCAUUCGAGGGAGGACCACAUACGCUGCCACCCCAGAUGACAAAAUCUUCAGGCAGUUGGCUCGGACCUACUCGUACGCUCACAGCUGGAUGCACAAAGGCUGGAACUGUGGAGACUUCUUUAACGAAGGGAUCACCAAUGGAGCCAGCUGGUACUCUCUGUCCAAAGGUAACCAAACCUUCACUCCCAGACAUGAAUAAACCCUUUUUAUAUAU